UACUAUAUUUUGAUUGGACCAAACACACUCUAUAAUUUGUCCAUUUUUUUUCUUAUAUAUUACUGUAUCCUAAAAGGCUGAGCAUAGAUCUUACAUCAGUCUAGCUAAAUGGAUUCAUCAAGAAUCACUCUCCGUCCAUACAGAUCAACGGACGUUGAUGAUGUACUCUCAUGGGCAUCCGAUGAUCGCGUAACCCGCUCCAUCCAUUUCAGUACAUUGAUUUCCAAAGAUGAAGCCCUCACCUUCAUCCACAAAUCCUCCAUUCCUUGGCGUCGAUCCAUAUGCAUUGACGAUCGUUCAGUCGGAAUCGUGGUGGCUCGGCCCGGAUCAGGCGAUGAUAGGUGUCGGGCCGAGGUAGGAUAUGCUUUAGCAGUUGAGUAUUGGGGACAGGGGAUUACACCCAAGGCUGUAGAGAUGGCAAUUCCUUUGAUUUUGGAAGAGUUUCCUGAAAUAGUAAGACUGCAAGCAUUAACUGAUGCUAAGAAUAAAGCAUCACAUAGAGUGUUGGAGAAGGCUGGGUUUAUAAAAGAGGGUAUGUUUAAAAAGUAUUUUUACUUUAAAGGUGAAAUCAAGGAUGUUAUACUUUAUAGUUUUCUUUCCGCUGAUUCUUGACAUUUACAACUUGCUUGUUUGGACCUGAUAUAUUGUAUUGUUAGUUUAAAUACAUCGAUUGAAUACUUUGAAUUCAAAAGAAGCAUUGAGUUUUAUCAAGGAAGUGUGUAUUUGUCCUUGGCAUGUAUCCAUUCGAGGGGAUUGCUACGAAGGUACUCAAAAUGGCAAUCCUUCGGAGAACAAGGCUUCUCAUAAGGUUUUGAGGAGGCUGGAUUUCUCUACCAAGGUUCAAUAACAAUUUAUACAAGCAUUAAGAAAACUGCAAAUGUGGUUGAUUUGGUAAUUUAUGGUUUACUAUCCAGAGACUAUGGGGAAAUACUAACGCUCUGUUAAGCUAUGUAUUCAAAGUUGUAGUACAAACUAAAGAGAGAUUUGGCAUAAUACGUGAGAUAUUGUAGUACUGUUUUUGAAGGCAAUCAUAUAUAUUCAUCAUAA